AUGACUACGAGCAAACCUUUAAAAGCAGGUGAUCAAAUGAAAACGCCUCCAUCAUCUGAAUUUUUGUCCUACGGAUAUUCAGUAUACGAAAUGGAAAAAGUACCAGACAAAUGGAAGUGUGUUUUUUGCUCGGGUAUUAUCAAAGAGCCUGUUCAAUUUGUAGAAUGUGGUGAUAGAAGCUGCCGAGGUUGUUAUGAAUCUCGUCUAGCAGCAUCACCUAAUGGUAAACUCAUUUGUCCUGGGCAAGAGUGCAAUGUUGAGUUUGACAAAAGUCAAACUAUGAAUGAUCGCGCGUUUAAACGAGAGCUCGAUAAAUUGGAAGUGACGUGUAUACACAAAAGUGAUCAGCACAGUUGCUUGUGGACGGGAGCGUUGUAUACGUAUCAGGAACAUUUGGAUGCAAAUCAUAUUCACUUUACCUGUGAUGAAUGCAAGGAAUCAUUUUCUUCCGUCUUAGCAUUAAAAGAACAUCGUGAAAAAUCAUGUCCAAGUCUAUUUCAAAGAUGCCCUUUAGCUCCAUACUGCGGCACUGACAUGAUUCGAAAUGACGAAUUCGAUGCACAUUUACUUUCUGAGAAACAUCAAGAGGCGCUUGCUUUAGCUCUUAUUGGAAAGUACAAUGCUCCAGAAACGCAUGAUCAAGAACAAGAUAUGGACACAACAUCUGCUUAUAACGAACAAGAGAAACAAACAUCGGAGAAACUAUCUGAAUUAGCUGAUAAAGUACAACAACUAAAUGACGAUACCAUCAAAUUAAGUCAAGAUUUUGUUAAAUUAAAUGAACUUCAUCAAGUUGCCAGUCAAGAAGUGACUUAUUUGCAAGCAGCAUGUACAGAAAGAAAUAUUAUCAUGUCCAAUCUGCAGCCGAAGCAAGAUGCCAUUCAAAAAGACAUUGAACAAAUCAGACAAAAUCUUGAAGAAAAUCAACAGAUAGCGACAGACGGAACAUUGACGUGGCGAAUCGAGCGUGUGGCUGAAAAGAUGGCUGAUGCACAGUCAGAAAGACAACCAAGUAUCUUCUCUCCCAUGUUCUACUCUUCACCUCAUGGUUAUAAAAUGCGUGCUCGUCUAUAUUUACAUGGUGAUGGAAAUGCACGACGUACCCAUAUGUCUUUGUUCUUUCUUCUAGUGAAAGGAGAAUACGAUCCACUGUUAGCUUGGCCAUUUUCACACAAAGUUACAUUCUGUUUAUUUGAUCAAACAGGUGCUGGACGACAUAUUAUCGAUUCUUUUCGACCUGAUGUCAAGUCGAGUUCUUUUCAAAGACCAGUCAAUGAGAAUAAUAUUGCAAGCGGAAUUCCGAAAUUCUUUCCAUUGCCAAUGAUUCAACAGGAUGAUAAUCCCUAUGUUCGUGACGAUACAAUGUUUCUCAAAAUCAUGAUUGAUAUUCAUGAAACUCCUAAAGUUAUGUUACCAUUCGUACUUAAUCUUAAUCCAGGCUUGCCCACCCAUGUUCAGCACCACUUAAUCAGUCAAGAAAAAAUCAAACAACAACAGCAACAAGCGUAG